GCCUUCGCCAAAAUUUUUAGGGGGAUUUGGAGACAAUUUUUUCUGGUGAAUUCGCUGCCACGUGAACCUCUGAUGAGGUUCCGGUGAGAUUCCAGCGAAGCUCCGACGACCCUCCUUCGACCUGUUUUUGGCUAAUUUUUUGCUCCCUUUCCCUCUCUUCACUUCCCCUAUCUUCCUACUUGAAUCUCCAAGUUUGUUUUCAACUCUACCUUGAUUAAUUUGGGAGAAUCAGAUUAGGUAGUGAAGUGAGGAGAAUUUUAGUGAAUUGAAUGUUGAACUUAGCAAUAGGGCGAGGAAUUAGGUGAAUUGUGGUGAAUGAAUGAUUGAAUGAUGUCUGUAUGAGCUUAGUUGAGCCUUGGUGGGCAUGUUUUGAUUCGAAUUGCUCUUAUUUGUGGAAUUUGCCCACCAAGUGAUAAUUUGUGAAUGAAAGUGCAAUUUUUAUGCUUGAGUGGUGGAUGGUAGCCAUCGUGGCAUGGUUCGGGUUUAAUUUUUGGGUGAAUGAUCCGUGAAAUACCUAGAACCAUGCCUGGGUGUGUUUGUGCUUAACUGUUUCAAAUGGCAUGGAGCUGUAGUGGAAAUAUAAGUGUGGGGGGAAUCCUUUUUCCUCCCAAUGAGUUGAGAUUGACAAUUAUAUCCACGUAUGGUGCAUGUUUGUCGGUUUUGCAGGAAAUUCAGCAUGAACCAGCCGUACCUUGUGGCACUGCGAGGGAACCCCAAAAUGGAAAGGGAGCUGAGAUUAUGGGCAAGCACUAACUCUAGAGAUCACUGGAAACUCGACUUCACUCAAUUCGAAGGUCUUCAAUGUCGAGAUAUAAUUAGGGAGGUUGUGGCGCACCCACAAUGGCGCCGACUCCUUGAAAUGGAGGAUGACAUUUAUGGAGAGUUGUGUGUCGAGUUUUUCAGUACCUUCACCAUAUUUACGAGCAAGAGCACGUUCAGCGAUCCGCGACACAAGGUGACAUUCCACUUAGGAGGGGAAUGGAACACCCUGACUUUUGACGAGCUUGCCCGAUCCUUGAGAGUUUACGACGGGUGUGAGGCAGAAUGGGAAGAGGACGCCAUCAUAGUUUUCAACAUGAAUGCAACAUUUUGAAGGUUUUGCCUCCCGGAGCACCGACGAACACCGUUUCGAUCGGCACUCACGUUGGCGUCCACACUCAAGCCAUAGUGGCCCAUCAUCAAUGCACUCCUUAACCGUUCCCUCUACCCGAGCUAUCACAAUCUGAACAAAGAUAACCGAGAGGAUCUUGUUCGCGUUUGCUUGCAUGGUGGAUCCGUCUAGCAAUCUUAAACUUGGAACAAUCUUGGACACCUUUUUCGCCAGAGCCAUAUGGGGAAAUAGAUGAUAUAUCACAUCAAUGGGGCCCUACAUUACCCAUCUUGCUCGUCACUUGAAUGUCAAUCUGGCAAGCGUCACAUAUGAGGAGCACUCCAUGGGGUUUGAAGAGGGAACUUUGUUUUCCAUGUGUUUGCUGGGAUCAUUUGGACCAAUUAGGUUCAUUGAGGGUGUCAUAACCGGGGUGCUCAAUUAGUACGAGAUUGACCUCUUGGUGGACACUAAUAUACAAGGGUUCCUUCCCUUGCAUUACCAAUGUGGUACUUGGAUUGUCCCAUAACAAUCCUUCCCUCGAGACAAGGACCACAGAAUUCUCAGUACAAGAACUUUACCAGAUGCAGAACUUGCCAGACGCCUUGAAUCGAUGGGAUUCUCAGUACAAGAACUUUACCAGAUGCAGAACUCUCUUUGAUCUGCCAAGCCCAAAGUGGAUCUCUCCUUGAUCCACCAAACCAGACGCAGAUCACAAAUCUCAAGGUCACCGAAUGAGGGUCCACCAAACUGAUGUCCACCACCCUAGACCCGAAUCAGGCUCUAAUACCACUUGUCAAACCGAACUGCUCAAUUAGUACGAUAUUUUCCGCUUUGUGCCAAGUCCGCACGAUUUUACUCUUGGGUUUCCUCCCCAAAAUUCCUCGUACUAAUGAGCUUGGUGGAAACUAAUAUACAAAGGUCCCUUCCCUUUUAUUAUUGAUGUGGUACUUGGAUUGUCCCAUAAAAAUCCUUCUCUCAAGACAAUGACCACGAACUUCUCACCUCAGCGAUUAUCUUGAUCCGCCAGACACCAUGCAUUGAUGGGCUUCCCGUUACAAGGAUUUUUCAAUAUGCGGAACUCUCUUUGAUCCGCCAAACAGACGUUAAUCUCUCUUGGAUCCACCAAACAACCCAGACGCAGAACUCUCUUUGAUAUGCCAAACAGACGUGGAUCGCAAAUCCCGAGGCCACCAAAUGAGGGUCCACCAAACUUACGUCCACCACCCUGAACAGAACCAAGCUCUGAUACCACUUGUCAUAACCGGGGUGCUCAAUUAGUAUGAUAUUUUCCGCUUUGGGCCAAGCCCACAUGGUUUUGCUCUUGGGUAUCCUCCCCAAAAGGCCUCGUACUAAUGAGCUUGUUGGACACUAAUAUACAAGGGUUACUUCCCUUGAAUUACCCAUGUGGUACUUGGACUGUCCCAUAACAGAGGGAGUGUCUCUACCACCAGGGGUUCCUCUUCCAGAGCAGCCACCUGCUCGAGCUCCCGCGCUCAACCGCCCAGUACCACCACCACCAGCAUCAUCAUCAGGUGUGGUCCUUCCACCUCAGGGGUGCACCUCGAGGACAGGAUGGACCGUCUUGAGACCCAUGUUAUGGGAGUCACCUCCCGCCUUGAUGUUUCCCAAAUUUUAAAUAUUUUGAGGUCUCCAAGCAAUGUUUGCAUGAUCAAAGUGGUCGGUUUGUAGGAGAAUCUCGUGUUUAUUGGCAUUGGCCUUGAAUUGUUGCAUGUGAUCGAGUGUGUCCUAUAAUGAUGGUUGAGAGGUGAAUUAGGAUAGUGCAAAGGUUUAGUUCUCAUGUGUGCGAAAAUAAAUGGAAGUCUUGAUU